AUGAGCAUCGAUUGGGUCAUUGAGCAAACACUGACAAAGAAGGCGAGCAAGGUGCAGAUGUCGUGGAACGCUCCGGAUGGCUUAGAUGUGACGAAGCGGCAUCUUUGGGCAAAGGCGUGGAACAAGAUUGUGAUCGACUGCGACUUUGCGGGGAUAUGGCCCAAAGAAUCAUCGGAUGACGUGGCGAAUAAGAAGGCUGCUCCAAAGCCUCGAAAGCGCAAAGCCACAGAGCCUAUUCCCGAGGCUGCGGUGGCAAAGCGGACACGGGGCUCGCGUGCGAAGGCUGCAGUGACCGAAGCUGAUGCACAGCCAAGCGCGUUUACGGUCACGAUUCCAGCGAAGGCACCCAAUUGGCUUGUAACGCACGCCCGGGCGCUGUCCCAGACUGACCUCGGAAUUCACUACCAGAAUCUCGUCAACGCAUCCAUGCGGCUAGAGGCGGCAUUUGGGUUCUUCGGCGACAAGUAUCACGCACCCGUGUCAACCCAGUCCCGGCCAGCGGCAUUAGAGAAGUGGGUGGCCAAGGAGGGAACAGAGCUUCCGAAGAUCAAGGGGAGCAAGACCUUCGCAACGAAGUGGGUAGCGUGGUGGCAGAGCUUACAGCCAGAUUGGCGGGUGCUGGACUCCUCGGGGCGGUAUUUGAAGGGCGGAGACGUGCUAUAUGGCAAGGACUCGGAGUGGGGUGACCUGGAUAGUCCUGGUCCUGAGGGCGCCUUGACGCUGGUGGCAGGGCUUGCUAUCUGGGGCUCGGCCUUGAAAGAUGCACCGGAGUCGGACCUAGAGUGGCUAGACGCCGUGAUGGACGUUUCGUGGAUGUGGGAAGGAUUGAUUCUGUCAAUGGAGAAGGAGCGCACCAGGUACCCAAACAAGUAG